CAAGAAGUAUUUGAACACCAAAUGGCGAUUCCGGUGAUCGAUUUCUCGAAGCUCAGCGGCGAGGAGAGGGCCAAGACAAUGGCUCAGAUUGCCAAUGGCUGUGAGGAAUGGGGUUUCUUCCAGCUGGUGAACCAUGGGAUACCAGAGGAGCUGCUGGAGAGGGUGAAGAGAGUGUGUGAUGAGUUCUACAGGUUGGAGAGAGAAGAGAACUUCAACAAGUCAACCCCUGUGAAGCUGUUGAAUGAGAGCGAUGGUGAAAAGGUAGAGAACGUGGACUGGGAGGAUGUUAUCACUCUCCUUGAUGACAAUGAAUGGCCUUACAAAACUCCCGGUUUCAAGGAAACCAUGGGGGAGUACCGCGCAGAAGUGAAGAAGCUCGCCGAGAAGGUCGUGGAAGUCAUGGAUGAGAACUUGGGCUUGCCAAAGGGCUACAUCAAAAGCGCCUUCAACAGCGGCAACAGCGCCGGCGACAAUGAAAACAACAGCAACGAGGCCUUCUUCGGGACUAAAGUGAGCCACUACCCGCCCUGCCCGCAACCAGAGCAGAUCAACGGUCUCCGGGCCCACACCGAUGCCGGGGGCGUGAUCCUGCUCUUCCAGGACGAUGCUGUCAGGGGCCUCCAGAUACUCAAGGGCGGCGAGUGGGUCGAUGUGCAGCUGCUUCCCAACGCCAUCGUCAUCAACACAGGAGACCAGAUCGAGGUGCUGAGCAACGGCAAGUACAAGAGCGUCUGGCACCGCGUCCUCGCCAUCCCGGAGGGCAACCGGCGCUCCAUCGCCUCGUUCUACAACCCGUCCCUCGCCGCCACCAUUUCUCCCGCGCCCCAGCUGGUGGAGCAAGCCGGUGCUUACCCCGAGUUUGUGUUCGGGGAUUACAUGUCGGUCUACGCAGAGCAGAAGUUCCUCCCCAAGGAGCCCAGGUUCCAAGCUGUGAAGGCCGUGUAA